ACUUAUAUAUGAUACAUAGCUAUCAUACAUGAAGAGUAUUAUAGUAUAUAGCAUAAUGAAGUAUUAUGCUGUUAUAGUACAAAUUUAAAUAGUUUUAUCUUCCAUAGUAUAGUAGCUUUCAGUUCCGUGUCAACCUGCAGAAUUAAAUACACUAGCUCAUCUUCUCAUGGGAACAAAGCAAAACAUCACUGUAUUGAUGUUACAUAGCGUGCCACCCCAAAAUUUUCAUUAUCUUGUAUUUAUGAAAAAGAUUCCAUGAUACGACAACAGAAGAGCUAGGAACAAAGGAAAAGUAUAUAGUUUAGACUACAUUAGCAUUAAAGCUUUUGUGCUUCACAGGACACUGUGAAUAAAUUAAAGAAUAUAUGGUCAUGCCACCCUGAAUGUGUCCAGCCAGGUGUUACAGAUCCACUGUACAAAGAGAAAUUGGGGGUGACACAGGCAACACAUCUUUCUUACUCAUGCAAAAAAAAAAAUCAUGUUUUCUUAUUGUACUUUUGUUUAUCUAGUAGUUCAAGUCUAGCAUCAGAAUUGAUAUGUGGGUAGAAAUGAGUGUGGAUGGAGAGUAAAACUCUGGUGACCAUGUCAUAAAAGAAGUGUUUGGAGUCUGCAGCAUCAUGUGACCUUCUUAGGAAUACAGUAUAGGUCCCCAAUUUUGUUGGUCUGACCCAUCCUCCUCUACACAUGUGGGAUGUUUCAGGACUCAGUGGCCUUUGAGGAUGUGGCUGUGAACUUUACCCUGGAGGAGUGGGCUUUGCUGGAUCCUUCUCAGAAGAAUCUCUAUAGAGAUGUGAUGUGGGAAACCUUGAGGAACCUGGCCUCUAUAGGAAAACAAUGGAAAGACCAGAACAUUGAAGAUCAGUACAAAAACCCCAGGAGAAAUCUAAGAAGUUUUCUUGGAGAGAGACUCUUUGAAAGUAAAGAAGGUAAUCGGUUUGGAGAAACCUUCAGCCUGGUUCCAGAUCAUAUGGUGAACAAGAAAACUCCUCAUAGCAUAAAACCAUGUGGAAGCAGUGUGCGUGCAGACAUAUCCAUUGGUCAUUCAUUGCGUAAUAGGCACGUCAAAGCUAAUAAUGGACCCAAACCACAUAAGUAUCAGGAACAUGGUGAGAUGCUAUAUAAACACAAGCAACGUGGGAAAGCCUUCAGUUCACACCACCCCUUUCAAACACAUGAAAGGCCUCCUACAGAAAAGAAACCCUAUGAAUGUAAAGAAUGUGGGAAAACCUUCAUUGCUCUCACAAGCAUUCGAAAACACAUGGUAAUGCACAGUGGAGAUGGCCGCUAUAAAUGUAAGUUUUGUGGGAAAGCCUUGGACUGUCUGAGUGUAUGUAUUAUACAUGAAAGAACUCACACUGGAGAGAAACCGUAUGAAUGUAAACAAUGUGGUAAAGCCUUUAGUUUGUCCAGUUCAGUUCGAAUACAUGAAAGAACUCACACUGGAGAAAAGCCUUAUGAAUGUAAAGAAUGUGGGAGAGCAUUCAAGUUUUCAAGUUCCUUUCGGAGACAUGAAAGGACUCACACGGGAGAGAAGCCUUAUGAAUGCAAAGAAUGUGGGAGAGCAUUCAAUCGUCCUAGUUCCUUUCGGAGACAUCAAAGGACCCACAUUGGAGAGAAACCCUAUGAAUGUAAGCAAUGUGGGAAAGCAUUAUCUUGUCUUAUAAGCUUUCAAAGACACAUGAGUAUGCACACUGGUGAUAGACCUCAUAAAUGUAAGAUAUGUCGGAGAGCCUUUUAUUCUCCCAGUUUAUUUCAAAGACAUGAAAGAACUCACACUGGAAAGAAACCCUAUGAAUGUAAGCAAUGUGAAAAAGCAUUCAGUUGUUCCACUUCCUUGCAGUAUCAUAAAAGGACUCACACUGGAGAGAAGCCCUAUGAAUGUAAACAAUGUGGGAAAACCUUCAGAUCUGCCAGGUACAUUCGAAUACAUGAAAGAAUUCACACUGGAGAGAAGCCCUAUGAAUGUAAACAAUGUGGGAAAGCCUUUCGUUGUGUCAGUUCCUUUCGUAGACAUGAACGAACUCAUACUGGAGAAAAACCCUAUCAAUGUAAGCAUUGUGCUAAAACCUUCCCUUGUUCCAUGUACACUCGAAUACAUGAAAGAAUUCACACUGGAGAGAAACCUUAUGCAUGUAGGGAAUGUGGGAAAGCUUUCAUUUGUUCUGCUUACUGUCGAAAGCAUGAAAGAACUCAUAAUAUUAAUACAUGAGAGAAAUGGUAUAAGAAAUUAGGAAAGCAGUUAUCCCAGUUCCUUUCAAACAUAGAAAAAUUGAGUGGAGAAACACUAUAUGAGAUGGCUGACUUUUGAGUUGGACAGAGAGAACUGAUGUAGGACAAUGAAAUCAAACAAUUGAAUAAUUCCGUGAUACAAUUACCAGGAAGUGUAUCUGACAUGAAAUUUCAAAGAGAAAUGAAGAAGCCAUUAGUCAUGUUUUGGAGGCACCAUACAGGGGGACAGAGAGAUUGUACAAGCUGCGCUGACCCCUGUUUCCAGCCUAUUUUCCUGAUUCCUUGGGUUGCCAAUUAAGAGUGUGCUCAAAAUUAUUUGACUUUCAUUUUGGCAGAGGUUGAAGUUUCCAAAGAAAGAUAUCCCCAGAUGGUCCACACUAAAGGUCUCUGCAAAGUUUGAUUUUUCUUUUGGCAUUAUAAUCUGUUUAUUGGAGUGCUGAGGAAAGAUGAUUGAGAAAUUAAUGAGUUGUGGCUCAUAAGAUUAUUAUUGUGUUGUAUCGCCCAAUAUUGCUAAAUUAAAGACAGAAUUGCCCAGCCUAGAAUCUUAUUCCCUGCAAAACUAAGUUUUGUAUAUGAAGGAGAAAUUAAGACAUUCUCAGAUAAGCAAAAUAAAAAAUAAAGACAAUUGAUUUCAGGAGUUUUGGAGGACUUUAGCUUGAAGGAAUGUGUGAACAGGUUAGUUUGCAUAUCAGGUUGGCUUUGCUUUUGGAGAGCCAUCAGAGCUCCAGUAGCCAUGUGUUCCAAGAGGCUUCUGAUAUCUCAAACCUGUGAUGCCUCCCUGUCUUUGAAAAAGACAAGGCAAGUAUAUACAUGGUGACAUGGGAUGGGAGCCUGAACAAUGAGUGCCCAGCCCAGAGACAAACUCCUGUGGCUAAGAGCAAAUUACCAGAAAGAGCUGAGCUUCUUUCUUGCUCCUGAUUGUCUCAAUCCACAGUAACUAGAUAAAAGAAAUAUGGAGCCACUGUAUCUCUUGGUUACCCUUCUGUUAAACGAUAGCUGUCUCUUAGAACUUAGAAGGUAGUCCUUGAAAGAUUUUGUAACCAUUUGUUCACAUAGAUAGAAUAGGAAUUUUUAGAAGCCCUCUGAAAAAAAUUUUAAUUCAAACCCAACUACCUGUUAUUAUGUAAAUCUGUUACUCCUGGAACCCAAAUACAUGUUAUGUAAAUCUGUUACUCCUGGAGGCUGACAUAUGUGUUAUGUAAAUCUGUUAUUCCUGGCAACCAAACUACCUGUUAUAAUGUAAAUCUGUUACCCCUGGUGACGGAUAACUGAUAUCUGUGAUUAUAAAACCUAUGUGAAACUUGAGACCUCAUGAGACUGAACUAAAUUUUCACAAAAUGA